CGAGAAGAGGACGUCAAAAACUAAUUUUAAUUCACCACUGAAAAAAAAGUGCCAUGCGCUGCCUUUUUAUUUUCAUUCUUUUUACUUCAAGUGUUGCCAGUCAGGCGUAUAGGCAUUUUAAUGUUAAAACUGGAGCAUCUGUCACUAUCCCAUGUGGUUAUGAUAAGAAAUAUAUACAGCAUAAGAAAUACUGGUGCUCUGGGAAAUACUUCAACUCCUGUGAAAUUCAGGCGUAUACCAAUCAAACACGGAAAAAAGUGACAGUAACUGAUAACCCAGCUGAGAGUCUCUUUACUGUAACUAUACAUAAUCUGAAUACAGGAGACACUGGAUGGUACUGGUGUGCUGUAGAGAUUGAUAGAGGGACUGAUAUUAGUGAAUACCUUCAUAUCACAGUAAAACAAGAUCCUGAUCUGUCUGUGGAUAAGAGCAGCGUGAUCGGUAAAGAAGGAGGCAGCAUCACAGUCCAGUGUCUCUACAGCACUGCAUAUCGGAAUACACAGAAGCAGUGGUGCAGAUUCAAAGACAGGCACUGCAUCACAUUUAAAACAGAAACAUUCUGGGACUCAAGAAUACAGCUCAGUGAUGAUGGGAGAAGAUUCCUCAGUGUGAAUAUGAGUAGACUGAAGAAGAGUGAUGCUGGCUGGUACUGGUGCAGUGCAGGAGAUCUGCAGGUUCCUGUUCUCAUUGAAGUUAAUAAUUCAGCGGCUUCAACAAAUAAGGCAAACGAUGCUCCAGCUGAAAGGAAAAGCAAGUCAGAGAACCCAGUGACAUUCUGCAUUGCAGACAGUAAAAGGACAUGAUCCUGAUGACAUUGAGAAUUUAUAAAACUGAACCAUAAAUUAGCAUUUAUAAUCUGUGAAAAAGGACAUUCACCUGCAAUGGAAUUUAUUUAUUUGAACUUUUGACGGUAAAUACACUUAUAGUAACUCGUGUUGUGUGAAAAUAAAUUUUUCAAAUAGAGUUCUUAAACCAUAAAAUUGUGUGUUUUAAUGUCUUAUGUUUAAGAUGAUCUAUGUAUUACAAUACAUUUACAUUUAAUUCAAUUCAAUUCAAUUUUAUUUGUAUAGCGCUUUAAACAAUUGUUAUUGUCGCAAAGCAGCUUUAUAUAAUCCGAACAAUUUUUUAAGUUUGUAUGAAAUGUGAAUUUGUGUGAAUCAAAAUGGUCAGAUAGUCGCUGAUGAGCAAGCCGAGGUCAAGGAAAAACUCCCUGAGAUGGCAAUAGGAAGAAACCUUGAGAGGAACCAGACUCAACAGGGAACCCAUCCUUAUUUGGGUGAAACAGAGAGCAGGAAUUGAUCUGCAUUUAUACUGUGUGUUAGGUGGCAGGCAGUUCAGCAUAACAGUUGAUGUUAAUUGAUGUUAAUAUGGGGUCCAGGUAGUUAUUGGAGGCUAAGGUA